UUCUGUCCGUGUCAUGGCAGUCGUCCGUCCCAACAAGCCGCUGGAGAAACGCAGAACCAGACAGGAUUAUAUGACGCCGCCGCGGUUCUGGACUGUAUUUCUGGGUUCAGUUCGGCUCCAGAAACCGAACCACAGGUAUUUUCUAGUCUAGACCGGCGCGGACAGACAGGUCGAGCUGAGCGUCUGCAGCCCGCCUGUCAUCUGAUCCCGUUACUAACAGAAGCUGCAGUUUGUGGAGAGAUGGAAGUGGUGAUGUUUUCAUUGCAGAUGCGACACAUUCCUGUUCAUUUCUCCAGGAUUCUGUUCACCAUCAGCAUCAUGAGGUCGACACGGUCCGUUAUUCUUAAUCUGGUUGAGCCGCGCAGGUCGGCGUCAACCAGAGGAGACUUAUAGCCCUGAGAGGAGAUUCCCUCUGGAUGCUAACCCAGUGGCAGAACAAGAAGAAGAAACCUGUCUGGGUCCUGCUUCCUGCUGCAUUACAACUUUUAACUCCGGGAUGACCGGUGGUGAGGAGGUGUUUAGGGGCUGCAGGAAUACCCAGAACCGCUCCGGACACCUGGCAACAUGGAGGAAUAAAACCCAGGAGAAAUACUGGACUCUUCACAUGGGAUGAAAUUGAUGUCAGGAUCCAGAACAGAUGGGUCAUCUGGUUCCCUCAGAACAGAUAAAGCAGAUUUCUAAAACCAGUCUAGUGGUAUUUUGUAGUCCACCUCAGACUUCAGCAGACUAGAACUGGUCAUCCACCACCUCACAGGAAACAUUCAUUCUGUCACCAUGACGAUGGGGGGCCUCAGGACUGUGGUGGUUUGAUCCACACUUCGGUUCACUCCUGUAAGAGUCCAGAGCCUCCAGAGCUUGGUGGUCUCCCAGCACCAUGGACCACCACGCUGACUGCUGCUUCUGCGAUCCAGAGGAGUGUCAUGGAGUUCUGGAUGAGCAGCCUCUCCACAGCAUCCAUGCACCCAACCGGAUCCGGCCGUCCUCAUACCGAGCCCUGAAGAGUGCCGUGUCCAGUCUGGCUCGUAUCGACGACUUCUUCUGCGAGAAGAUUGGCUCGGGCUUCUUCUCUGAGGUCUUUAAGGUGCAGCAUCGGAUCACAGGACAGGUGAUGGCGCUGAAAAUGAACACGCUUGCAAGCAACAAAGCUAACAUGCUACGAGAAGUGCAACUAAUGAACAGACUUUGCCAUCCCAAUAUACUCAGGUUCCUGGGUGUUUGUGUGCAUGAAGGGCAGCUCCAUGCUCUGACUGAGUACAUAAAUGGAGGGAACCUGGAGCAGCUGCUGGACAGCGACCUGUACCUGUCGUGGGUCAUCAGGAUGGGUCUGUCCCUGGACAUCGCCCGAGGGCUCCAGUACCUCCACAGCAAGGGCAUUUUCCACAGAGACCUCACCUCCAAGAACUGUCUGGUUCGCUGUGAUAGCGGCAAGUUCACUGCUGUGGUGGGAGACUUCGGCCUGGCUGAGAAGAUUCCUGAUUACAGCAGCUCUGUGGAGAAGAAGCCUCUGGCUAUCGUGGGCUCUCCAUACUGGAUGGCUCCUGAAGUCCUGAGAGGAGAGCUGUAUAACGAGAAGGUGGACGUGUUUGCUUACGGCAUCAUCCUGUGUGAGAUCAUCGCCCGAAUUGAAGCUGAUCCCGACUUCUUACCCAGGACGGAGGACUUCGGUCUGGAUGUGGAUGCGUUCGAGAACAUGAUUGGAGAUUGUCCUUCUGCAUUCUUCAGCCUCGCGGUUACCUGCUGUAGCAUGAGUGCGGAGAGGCGCCCCGCCUUCUCAGACAUCGUCCUUUCCUUGGAGGUCCUGGGGAGGGAAGAAGAGCGAGGGAUGCCUGUCAGAGGCUGGAAGAGUUCUGUGACAGUGGACGUCAGCCUGUACCGCCACCGCAGCUCUCCCUGUCACCCUGGCGACGCCAUCCAGAUGCAGCAGGGCCUGGCCAGGAGCCAAUCAGACAUGUUGCCUCCUGCAGCUCUGACUCCGCCCCUUCUCGGGACACCUGCUCGGGUGAACCCCUUCUCUCUACGACAGGACCUGAAUGGUGGACGUUGUAAACUCUUGGAUACGCCCAGUAAGUCCGUGAUCUCCCUGACCUUCACCCUGCCAGCCCUUCGGGAUAGGUGCGCCUCCCCCCGCCUUCUCAGAGGGACAGCGGGGUUACAAGUGCCGCCGAGGAGGUGCCAGUCCCUCCCCUGCACACCAGAAAUCAGACGGACUUUGGCCUUCCCAGAGGAGGAGGAAAACUCUGAGGAGGGAGGUUUUAGUGGUGAGGAUGAGGAAUGUGGAGGGGAGAAGAGAAGGGUGGAUGAGGAGAUGGUAGACUGUAUGGACAUGAUUGAGAGGACAGACUCACUACACAAUGAAGAGGACCAGGUCGACGAGGAUUCAGGACUUCCUGUUGAGCUGGAGAUGGUGUCUCUGGAGAGGCUGGAUGAGGAGGAGGGGGAAGAGAGUGUCUUCCUCACUGAACCCAUGGAUUGCACCAAGUCUCCAGAGCCAGCAGAGAGAAUCCUGGAGUCCACCCCAGUAAAACCACUGCUCACCUCCACCUCCUCCCUUGGGACCAACAGCUGGAGACUUCACGUCUUUAACGGACCGCCUCCUCUGCCUCCACUAGACAACAAUAACACUUCAGCUCUUGUGAUUGGCCAGCAGGUGCAGUGGGGUGGAGGUCGGCGUUCUAACGGGUACAGCGGGGCCCAGGUCUUAUCCUCUGACCUGGCUGCUGGCUCCUCAGAACAAGACGAAGUACUUUCCUGUCCCGGCUGCUGUCUGGUGGGUUUGACUUUUCCCUCUGUGUGCCUCCAGGGAUCAGGUGCUGUGCCCGGCCCCCAUCGGAGGGCCUCUUUACCCCGACAGCGGCCGUACCGCAACCUCAACGGUGCCAUAACAGGUAGCAGCACCUCCUCAUCAACAGCCAAAGAUCUCCUGUGUCUAGUGGUGGGGGGGCCUUCCAUGCCGUGUGAGCCGGGCCGGCCGCUACCAGAGGCAUAGCUCUAAAACCGGCAUGGAGGACACUUCAUGGUGGACUUGCACAGCACUAAAAGCCACUAAAGGUUUUACUGCUAGUCCUGAGAACUAAUCUCAGACAGUGAAUCGAUACGAGGAGCAACGGCUCGGUAUCAGGGGGCAACAACUCAGUAUCGGGGGGCAGCGGGUCGGUACCGGG